UCUAAAGACGACACGUAAGUAAUAGGCCAUACAUUUAACAAUACCCUACAAACUUCCAUCCGAAUCAAAUUCUUUUCCAAUCUCCGACUCUCUUGCGUAGGGACACCCCCAAAAUCCCGAAUACUAAUGAACUUCAUCUGAUUUAUAAAGACAACAACCCCCUCAAUAUCCAAAGAUCCUUUCUUCCAACAUUUAUAACCAAUUUUUUUCCAAAAAAAUCCCAAAAAAAAUGGAUACUGAACUAAAAAACCUCAAUCAAAAUCAUUCUCAUGAAGAACAACAACAAAUCGACAAUGGCGAACAACCCCUUCUCAAAUCCGAUUCAAAAUCAUCUAAUCAAAGCACCAACAAAACCACAGAAAAGCAGGUGACAGCAGCAGAGUUAGAGGCGAUGGAAAAGAAGUUCGCCGCGUAUGUUCGGCGCGACGUGUAUGGGCCAAUGGGUUGCGGCGAGCUUCCGGUGAAGGAGAAGGUUUUGCUGGGUGUUGCGGUGGUUACGCUGCUGCCUCUUCGGGUGGUUGUUGGGAUGACAGUGCUUGUGAUUUACUACUUGGUUUGUAGAAUUUGUACUCUUUUUACGACGCCGCAUCGGCCCGAAGAAGGGGAGCCGCAGCAGAUGGAGGAUUAUGGUCAUCUUGGUGGGUGGAGGAGAGAGGUUAUUGUUCGAUGUGGGAGAUUUUUGUCUAGGGCUAUGUUGUUUACAUUAGGGUUUUAUUGGAUUUCUAAUUCUUCCAGGAUUUAUGAUCAAGAGAAAUUGAGUGAUGGGAGUGAUAGCAAAGAUCAAUUAGAAAGCUCCGAAAGGCCGGGAGUAGUCAUAUCAAACCAUGUCUCAUAUCUGGAUAUCUUGUACCACAUGUCAUCUUCAUUUCCAAGUUUUGUUGCCAAGAGAUCAGUCGGCAAACUUCCUCUAGUUGGCCUCAUCAGCAAGUGCCUUGGUUGUGUUUAUGUGCAACGGGAAGAUAGAUCAUCAGACUUCAAAGGUGUUUCAGGUGUUGUGACAGAAAGAAUCAAAGAAGCACAUGACAAUAGUGAUGCUCCAUUGAUGUUGAUAUUUCCAGAGGGGACAACUACAAAUGGGAAUUUCCUUCUUCCAUUCAAAACUGGUGCUUUCAGAGCAGGAGCUCCUGUUCUUCCUGUGAUCCUUAAAUAUCCAUAUCAAAGAUUUAGUCCUGCCUGGGAUUCGAUAUCUGGAGUACGGCAUGUAGUUUUUCUCCUGUGUCAAUUUGUGAACUAUAUGGAGGUGAUGAGGUUGCCUAUCUAUUACCCUUCUAAAGAAGAGAAAGAUGAUCCCAAACUAUAUGCCAGUAAUGUACGGAAGUUAAUGGCUGAUGAGGGUAAUAUGACACUAUCAGAUAUUGGAUUGCCUGAGAAACGGAUAUAUCAUGCAGCCCUCAAUGGUUUUUUAUGUCAAAGAUAAUUUGGGUUCGCCUCUGUAUGUUCAUUGUCUUGUGUUUGUUUAAAGAAGUUAUAGGGGGGAAAAGAGGAAAAUAUACACAUUAACAUCUUAGUGCAUUCAUCUUUGUCCUCUAAAGAGCAUAGAGUGCUGAAAUAUGGGUUUCUGUUUAUACUUUGCCAACUUUGGUAACAAGGAUGGCAAGCCAGCGCUCGUAACCACAGUUCUCCCAUCACCUGAGGGUUUGGAAAUCCAGGAUGUACAUCUUCUAUAUGAAGUGAAAAGCCUUGUGUCUGUAUUUUUGUCAGGGUUGUUUUGCUUUUGGUUUUUUUCUGAGCAUCCAGGAAGUUAUGCUAGUUUUAACAUAGUAGCAAAAGAUUUGAUGCUACUAUGGUAGUGAGGGAACCUUGUCAUGGACUCGUGGAAUAGGCUAUUGAGAGAAUUCAACUGUUUGACAAGGAAUUAUGGGGGUAUGGGAUGUGCUAGAUGUGCAUUCCCAUGCUUGUACCUUGUACUAACAUUACAGUGGCUCCACAUUGUUGAUGAUACCCGUACAGACCAUCCUCAAUGUAUAGAUAACAGGCUUCACAAUUAAUCGCGAAAUAGACCUCCAUCCUCUUUGUUUCGCAUAAAA